GUGUCAUCCAUCGAUAUGGAGUACCAGAUCGAUAUUAUCUUCGCCCAGACCUGGGUGGACACCCGUCUGCGGUACAACAGCAGCAGCAGCAUGCCAACUCUAACGCUCAACAGCAAUAUGGUCGGUUUGAUCUGGCUGCCCGACACCAUCUUUAGGAAUUCCAAGAAUGCCGACUCUCACUGGAUAACGACGCCCAAUCAGCUGCUCCGGAUCAGGAACAAUGGAACAAUACUUUACACGCUGAGGAUGACCAUCAACGCAGAAUGCCAGCUGCAACUCCAUAAUUUCCCAAUGGACGAACACUCCUGUCCUCUCGUCUUCUCCAGCUACGGCUACCCACGGGAUGAGAUCAUAUACAAGUGGGCGCGGAACUCUGUGGCGACUUCGGACCAGAAGUACUGGAGGCUUUACCAGUUUGAUUUCAUGGGGCUCAGGAACACCACAGAUGUGCUCUCGACCACAGCUGGCGACUACGUGUUGAUGACGGUAUACUUUGACCUUAGCAGACGGAUGGGCUACUUCACCAUCCAGACCUACAUCCCCUGUAUCCUGACUGUGGUCCUCUCCUGGGUCUCCUUCUGGAUCAAGAGCGAUGCCACGCCUGCAAGGACAGCUCUAGGUAUCACCACAGUGCUGACCAUGACCACCCUGAGCACAGUGGCCAGGAACUCGCUACCUAGAGUGUCCUACGUGACGGCCAUGGACCUGUUUGUCACCGUCUGCUUCCUCUUCGUCUUUGCCGCCAUGAUCGAGUACGCCAUGCUCAACUACUACUCCUACAGUGUACGAAGACCUCCUCCCAAGACACAGAGAAUGACCUACUCAUCUUUCCACAUGGCUCACACCCCUCGGCCCAUGAUGCCAAUGGGCAACUCCCUGUUCUGGCACGACUACGAAGACAACUGCCUGUACGAGUGCCUGGACGGGAAAGACUGCACAAGCUUCUUCUGCUGCUACGAGGAGUGUAAAGAAGGCGGCUGGAAGAAAGGACGGAUCCACGUCAACAUCCGCGAGCUGGAUUCCUACUCCCGGGUUUUCUUCCCCACAUCCUUUUUGCUCUUCAACAUAGUCUACUGGGUCAGCUACCUCUACCUCUAGUCGGUCUCGGGCAGCGAUCCGUGAGCCCUGCUGAACCAGCUACAGUCCCCCGCCACUUUGCACCGCGGCUCGUGAUUUAGGGUCAAAACUGAGCGUGGAGGAGGAAAUGAGGUGGAUCUGCUUUUUGGGAAUUGUGAAGGCGUGCCGCCUAUUGAGUGGUAUAAGUAAAAAAAUUAAUUAAAAAAACACACGUGUGCUGUGGCGCACAAUGUAAAGGCCAUGAUACUUUGAGCAGUGGCACUCCAGGGAGAAUAAAAAGCUCAGCAGUGGAACAACAAGCCGCCAGCAUUGACUUGAAUGGAUUGGUCCCGUUUUUUGACUCUCUCAGAAACCAAACAACUACGACUUCAGAGACGUUCUGGGACGGGGGUUGCAUUGCUGUAUCUUGGUCGUCGAGAUGGCGAAGCACCCAUAGUGCCUUCUUUAGAAAGGGUGCGGCACAGAGAGACGCAGCUUCAGAGUUCCCUCCAUUAUCUUUAUUACCUCAUCCACCACAACGCCGCAUGCUGAGCUGUUUAUUCUUUGAGGAAACAAACCCGGGACACCACCACUGGAGAUGUUUAAAACUAGCACUCACCAUUCAUUUCGUAGCACAUUAGUUUUAGUUGUACUCUAGGAUUAGUUCUACUUUCUAAUACAGUAACGUUUUCUUAUUCUUCUUAUUAUUAUUAGAGUUAGUUGUGUUUUCACAGCAAGUCAAGCAGCUCACACAUCAGCUGUUAAUUGUUGAAUAUGAGUUAGUGUCAGGGGCAGUGACUGUCUGGUAAAAUCUUUAUGAAGUCAGUGAGCUUUUGAUCAUUAUGCUUUAUGACUAAGCGAUGCAGUUUACAGUAGAUGCCAAGAAGAUUUUGGGUGUUUAUGCUGGGUUACAUUCUUUAACACAAAGGUAUAAGAACUGCAUAAAUACAUACCAAUCUAAUACUAAACAUGCUAAUCUCAUCCCCGGGCUUAUUAUGUAUGUUACAGUAACUGAAUAAACAGAUUAGGGUUAGAGCAGUGCUGGUUUCUUCCCGACGACAGCUAUAUGAAAACAGUGUCACAUUUUA